AUGUGUAUAUUAUCAUUAAACAUUUUCACUAGCUUACGAAGACGUCAAGUGUCCAUCAAUGAGACGGAGGUGAAAAACUUGAGAUUUCGAAAGCUUCUACCCAGCAAUCCUGUUGAUCGACCGGUUUCGCCGCCGCUUUGCGAUUCUAAAGUUUGUGAUGUGAAUAAUUCUGUGGUGAAGAAGUGUGCAAGUCCAGACGUGAGUCUGGCCAACAUAAUCAGUGAGAAACGCAAAUUCAAGCCGAAGACUUACAGAUCAAGCUGGAUUACACCAAAGCGUUUUGCUACACCUGUGGAGGGAGAUGAUGUGAACCGCAGUGAUGAUGAUGAUGAUGCUAGACAAGCGAAUACGUUACCCAGUAAGACUGUGGUCCGGUCAACUUCUGCACGUAAAGAGUUCAGAAAGCAGUUGCAACAUCACAAUCAUCAUCAACGAUCAUCUUCGCUAUUGCGUAACAGUCGUUCCCGGAGUAGUAGUAGUACUGCAUCUGUCGAAUCAAAAGUGCCUAAUAAUAAUAAUAAUAAUUCGGCUAAAAAGCAGCGUCUAUCAGAUUUAUUCUCCGAUGAUGAUGUUGAAGAAGAUCUAACUCAGCCGAUGUUCAAGGAAACUCCUGUUACAAAAAUAAAUAAUCCAUAA